AUGAGAGGAUAUGACAAUGUGCAUGGAGGCUUUGAUUUCAGGGAUAAGAAUGAAGAGGGAGCUGCUUUUUUGGAUUUUGUGAGGGCCUUUGGGUUGGUGGUAGUAAAUUUUAACUUCUCGAAGAAGGUGGAUCACCUUAUUACCUUUUGGUGUGCGAUUGCCAAGACUCAGAUUGACUUCUUAUUGCUUAGGAAGGGGAAUAGAGCGAUGUGUAAGGACUGUGAGGGGGAUGUAGAUACUACAUGGGAUAGGGUUGUCAGUUGCAUUAAGGAGAUAGCUAGAGAGAGGCUGGGUGUAUCGAGGGGUCGGUCUGGUAAGAACCGGAGGGACUGGUGGUGGAACAGAGAAGUUAAGAAGAAGGUGGAGAUUAAGACGGCAAUUUAUACUAAGUUGGUUGAGAUUAAGGAUAAAAAGGAGAAGCGGACGAACAUGGAGGAGUACAAGGUAUCUAGGAAGGAAGCUAAGCUUGCGGUUACGAUAGCUAAAACAACUUUUGAGAGAUUGUAUACGACAUUACAAAAGAGAGAUGAGGAGAAGAGGUUGUAUUCUAAAGAUACGGAGCGGAGGGACCGUGACCUUGACCAAGUGAGUGCAUCAAGGGGGAGGAUGACAAAGUAA